AUAGUAAAACAAGUCUUCACACUAAUUUAUAUACAAAUAAUAAAUUACUAAAUUUUCUCAUCAAUCUCGAAUUCAUAAUCAAAUCUGUUUUUUGUUGGCUAUAGCUUUGCUCGACCGUAGUCAAUCAGCUUUGUGACUUUCCAUAUAGCUAUGGAAAAAAUGGGAGAAAACAAUUGUUGGGAGAGAGAAAUAGUGAUAACUGAGCUAACGAAGGGGAAAGAAUUUAUGUUGCAACUGCAAAAGCACCUUUGAUCCCAUGAAACAAGAUGUGUGCCAGUAUUUGGCUGCGGAAGUACUUUCUUCCUAUGAUAAGGCUCUGUCCCUCUUGAAUGGCACAGCUUUAUCAUGUAUGAUGAUUAGCAAAGGUAAAGAGAUUGUUAAUCCAACACCAUCUCCUCAUCUUCUGGCUGAUAAUAACACAAACAAUUGUGACCGUUCCUCUAAAUCCAGGAAGAGAGGGCUUCUUGAUUCUGGCUAUCAUCUUGAUUGGCAUCUCCCGUUGAUCUUCAAUCAGAAGAUAGUGUCACGGAGGAGAGAGUACGUACAUGCUCGACCUGGAGAAGAAGUUGCACCAGAGGAUGGAUACAGUUGGAGAAAAUAUGGACAGAAAACUAUUUCAGGGGCAAAAUACCCCAGAGAAUAUUAUCGAUGUACUCGUAAUCGUUCAUCAAAGUGUGCUGCUACUAAGAUGGUCCAGCGAAGCGAGACAGAGGCAUUAGCUUUUGAAGUUAGCUACGGAGAAAGUCACAGUUGUGGUCAAGAAAAGAAAAACCAAAAUGAACAACUACUACUCCCUGUGCAACAAACAAAAUGUGAUGAAGUUAGAAGGGAAAUAUCUGAAUCUAAUACUCAUGAGAUGGUUUCAACCCCGAAUAAUCCAUUCAACAAUUCCGACUUCAUCACUACACCGAGUUCUUCACCUCUACCAGACACGGACAAUCCACUUGAUGACAAUAGUUUCAUUGAUCUCUUUUUUAAUCAUGAUGUGCCUGAAAAUGCUAGAAGCACCUAUAAACUCUAUGGGGAAAUUGCCAACUUAAAUUUUCCUCAUUGUUACAACAAACAGGCUGAGAACAAUGUUGGGGGCCUAUCGUAACGUAAGAGUAUCUAGAGCAGCACAAGCAUGUAAUGUAAUUUAAAGGGAGAAGGAAGAAGUAAUGUCCUAUGCAUAGAGUAUUUUUAUUUAAUAUUUUUCGGUAUGACUUAAUUAACAAUAACUAUUUUUACACAUACAAUAGUCACUGAAUUGUGGAACCAGCUUCAUUUACUUCCUGUUUCCAAAAUUUGGAAUCUACUAUUUAUUCCACAUUGUUUAUGCAAAGGAAUUAAGGUUAACAGAUACGAUUCGAGUUACAUAUAUAUUGGUCGAAAGAGAAUUGUGAGACAUCUGAUUGUUAAGUGUGUGCCC